UUCAUUAUUAACUUAUCCACUUUAUAUUACUUAUACAGCGCAAAGGCGUGUUGAUGUCUUGGAGAGAGAAGGGACCGCGUGGUCUCGACGUAGCACAAAAUGACUCGAUCAGUUUUUUUCUCUUUGGGGUUACGCACAGCCAAUACCUUGGGUGCCCGCAGUCCAAAGAACACGACAGCUACUACAUCUUCCUCACAUAUCUUGUACAGAUACGUGUUGUACUUGUGGUAUGAUAUACGAGGAUACUACACUUGUAUACAAAAUCGAGUCUUUCUGUGACGUAUAAGGUGCACUCUAAUAUCUUGUUCCCAUAAUGGGUGAUGAUCUACAGGGGCAAAGAUCAAGACGUUGGUUCCAGAACAUCAAAAGAUAAUGUAUGGCUAACUUUCAAUAUCGAGCUAUUACAAGACGACAGCAAAGAAGAAUGUGGCUCCUUGCUGAACCUGCGAGGGUAACAGAAGAGUCAUGACUACACAAGAAAUAACCUGAGAUAUGAGACACUUUACACCAAUGUGUAUGCAACUCAGCUAAAACUUAAGGAAAAACACCCGCCACACAACGCAUUAAAUUUUUCCUUUUUCA